UAUUUUAUGAGAGCGAAGAAUAUAUUUUUUUUGUAGUCAAAAAAUAAAGGUUCUACAAUAAUUAAAUGUGGGAUAACGAAAUCCAAAAAGCUCCAAUCUAAAACAGUACAACAUGUCAUUAACAGCAUGUUCAGUCCAGGCCCAAUAAGCACGAAAUUUCUCUUCUCCGAAAUUAACUUAAUCCUUGAGUUUAUUUGGAAAAGACAUUUAUACCCCUUGUUAUCUCAAUGGUUAGAGAACACGUGUGUUGCGCGUGAGCAUCCUCCAUUAUUACACCACCGUUGGCCUCCGACGACGGCUCAAGCCUAUCUUCGUCGCCGGCUUCUCCGAUGGUUACCAAUCGCGUAGACGUCUUCUGGCACGAAGGAAUGCUCCGACACGACGCCGUAGAAGGCGUCUUCGACACUGGAUACGACCCUGGAUUCCUCGACGUAUUGGAGAAGCACCCGGAGAACGCCGAUCGCGUCAGGAACAUGCUUUCGAUUCUCCGACGCGGUCCCAUCGCUCCUCAUGUCAAUUGGUUUACCGGUCUUCCAGCAAUCGUUUCGGAGCUUCUAAUGUUUCACACUUCAGAGUACAUUGAGAAGCUAGUGGAGGCAGAUAAAUCAGGAGAAAGGUGUGAAAUUGCCGCAGGUACUUUCAUGAGCCCAGGCUCGUGGGAAGCUGCUCUUCUUGCAGCUGGAACAACUCUUUCAGCAAUGCAACAUAUUCUUGAUUGCCAUGGGAAAAUUGCAUAUGCUCUGGUACGCCCACCAGGUCACCACUCACAGCCUACUCAGGCUGAUGGGUAUUGCUUCCUCAACAACGCUGCUCUUGCUGUCAAGCUGGCAUUGAAUUCGGGUUCUUGUUCCCGAGUUGCGGUUAUUGACAUCGAUGUACAUUAUGGAAAUGGCACAGCUGAAGGGUUUUAUACAUCUGAUAAGGUUCUUACGGUGUCACUCCAUAUGAACCAUGGAUCAUGGGGAUCGUCCCACCCGCAGAAAGGGUCGAUUGAUGAACUUGGUGAAGACGUGGGAUUGGGUUACAAUCUGAAUGUCCCUUUACCGAAUGGCACGGGUGACCGGGGAUAUGAAUAUGCCAUGAAUGAGCUGGUGGUUCCUGCAGUUAGAAGGUUUGGACCCGAUAUGGUUGUUCUCGUUGUUGGUCAAGACUCUAGCGCUGUAAGUUCUUUCUUUGCCCAAAUACGUGUAGACUAUCUGACUGAGCACUUACUCAGGGUUUUGUUCGCAAUUAUUGUUUUGGUUACAAGUAAAUCGCUUAUGUAUGCUGCUCCAAUAUGGCUCUGCUGUGAUAAGUCUGCAUAAGUAGUUAGAAGAGUGCAGCUGUUGCAUUAGUCAUGUCAUCUCUCUAAUAUUCAGUCAGCAAAAGAUAAACGAAUCAGUAUAAAUGGAAGAUGACCAAAGGAGGAAUGGGUUGUCUAGGGAUUUGGGUAUUGGUUUUGCAUUGGAAGAGUCUAGGGUGCUCGAGAAUUCACCAUAAGAUUAUAUCUUUGGAUUCUUUGCUUCAGUUUGCAUUCUUAUUCAGAGAGGAAUAAAGGAAGAUAUGGUUUUUAUGGUUCUUAUUACGCUACCUAGUGGUCCCCUUGUCGAGCUUAGUGAAUUUAUAUUCAGCACAGAUGUUACUAACAGAGCUGUUCACUUUUUGGCCCAUGGAAGUUAAUGAAUUUUCUGGUUCACAGGAAACUCUCUCUUAAAGUUCUCCGGCUUAAAUCCAUUAGUUUGGUUUCAAACAUUUGCUAGGGAUGCUGAUUGUCUAGUUUGUGAGGGGAUUUGAAUGUCAUGGACUGACGGAUAACCACUAUUUACUGUCGGAUCUGCAGUUUGAUCCAAACGGGAGACAAAGCCUGACAAUGAAUGGAUACAGAAGGAUUGGGCAGAUAAUGAGGGGAGUUGCAGAGGAGCACAGCCAUGGAAGGUUGCUUAUGGUGCAAGAAGGCGGGUAUCAUGUAACAUAUGCAGCUUACUGCCUCCACGCCAUGCUCGAAGGGGUGCUGAAGAUUCCAGAACCGCAUCUAUCUGAUCCGAUCGCUUAUUAUCCCGAAGAAGAAGCUAAUGCUGUUGCUGCUGUGGAGUCAAUCAAAACAUAUCACACCGAAUUUGUUCCAUUUCUCAGAGGAACUUGAAAAUGGGACGUAUGAAUGAGUUUAUGUUAUUCCUCGUUGUCUUGUGACCUUUUGGAACACAGAUCCAAAUCAAUCAGGUCAAACCGUAUAUAUCAAAAUACUUGUUGAUCAAACUAUCUUUUGUAUGAAAACUUAUUCACACGAUCCGACUUUGUUUUUUGAGUUUUUUUUUAACAACUAGUUAGGUUUAGACUAGAAGAACCCAAAUUUUUUGUGACAGAAUAAUAAUUUUGCAGAAAGAGAUUUUAUAAA